AUGGAAGUUGAUCAGACGAAACAAUGCUUUGAUGGGCAUCUGGGUUGCUUCGAUCCAAUGAAGUCGCCCCAACACUACGACCCACGUCAGCCUUGCAUGUCCCUCUCUGGACCACCUGGGGUGAUGAACCUCAUUACACAGGAGGGAAGGGAAGCAGUAUCGGAGGAUUGGCUAUCAGAAGUCCCUUUCGCUGUGGACAACAUGUUGGGAGCGUGGAUUAACGGAGCAAAGGAGGACAAAGUCUAUUGGCUAUUGAAGCAUAGGAUCCCCUGCUUCAUUAUUCACGAGAUCUCAACAUCCAACUUGUGCUUCUACAGAGAGGAACACAAGAAUCUGGACUUCAUUGUCUCCAUGGAUGCACAGUACUUAGCCCUGGAGCAUAAUGGAUUCGACCAUGUUGCCCACAAAUGGAAGGCUGAGAUUAACGCAGUUGCUGGUCAAGAAGGAAUGCCUCCAGCCAUGCCACUGGUUCUGUUGACAGACGAUCGAGCGAGAUCAAAUCCCUUGUCACAGGGAUGGAAUGGAACUAAACAUAGGUUGUUGGAAGAGACACCAGAGGUAGUAAUGAAGCAACUGACAUGCCCAGUCAAAGACUCAAUCAUCCAACCACCCCCAAAAGCGACCUUCACAGCUCACAUUCCUGAACCGGAAGUAAGGGUGCUAGCUCAAGAUAGGGUUGAAUGGCUUGUGCCCCCUGGAAAAUGGUCAUUCUGGAAGGAAGAGGAUUUGGAUAAGAACACUUCAUGUUUCUGUCCAGUGACGUCUCAACCCGACGAUUCGAAGUCAGGAACCAUAGGGCAGAGAGCUGUAACCCCGCCCCUCGAAUCACUACCCCUAAGAUCCACCCUUCUGGUUCAUCAGCACCAGCCCCGCACGCCAAUUUCGAAGCCAGCUCUGUCCUCAUCGGCUAAGCCACUCACUCCACUUCCGGCCAUCAAAUCAAACAGUCUAUCAUUGCAGAAGUUGAUUCCCACCAAGCCGCGAGCACAUCGCCAAAGUAUGGAACAUAGCAUGCAAGCUCCAAGGGGCAGAGAGAGUUCUCUGGGCCGUCAUCCUUGGGCGUUCACUCUGGAAGGAAGGGACUCACCGAGUGUGGGGGGCAGUGGACUUCCCAAGAAAUUAAGAAGUAUGGAACAACUCACGGAACGAGUUCUUGGAGCUCUGUCCAUGUCACUAUCUACUCCAUCCGUGCCUCCCUUACCAGAAUUAGAGGAUCCAUCUCCCCAGACUUCCAUCCCCACAGACUCUCAGCCAAUCGGCACAAUGAACGGGGAAAUGGACGUCGAUACUAUUGUGGACAGCGAAUCUGAUUCUUGCUUCUUGUGUUUCGAAGGGUUGCCCUUUGAGUGGGAAGAAUGUCAAUCUUGGUUCUACGGAAAAGCGGUCUUCUGUCACAUCGUGUGGAUUAAUCAAAUGUAUUGGACCGUCACGAACUCUCAUCCUUUAGUAUGGUUAGACCUCAAGAGCAAUGAAGACACGUGCACACUGCGUGGUUUCCUCACACAUCGAAGGUCGACGAAUCGGGCCGUGAUCAUCAGUCAUUUUAUUUCCAAGUCUACAUUUCAGGAAGCUACGCGUAACUACACAGAUAAAUGGGAAUGUCCCACUGCUCCCCUGCCUCCUCCCUCGGAUGAUUUUAUGGAGGGACCUGCUCAAACCGCGCCUCUUGAAAUGCAGCUUACUUCACCUAGACCAACUUCUCCUAUGCCUGACGUCACCCUGCUACACAGAGCCGGAGUCACAUUGGAAGAACGUGUGGAGGGAGCUGCGCAACAACGAAGACGAGCUGGGAAGAAGCAUCGCAAGUUGAACGCCCAACACCAAUCCAACGUAUAG